AACAUGGACAUUUUAAGUAUUUGUAUAACAGUAUAACAACAGACGUUGCGGUCGCUAGCAUCACAAGAAGAAUAACAUUUGUUGUUGUUUUGGCGUCGAGCAGGAAGCACGUCGGUCGGAAGCGCGUGAAAUGAAAAACCAACAAAUCAAGUCGAUUGUUUGAACAACAAAAGCUUUGGCCCGCCGCAAAACGAAACACGAAAUGUUUAUAAUGCAUGUUUAUCGGAAGUCUAUAUGUUAAUCAAACAAUAAAUACAAGUGAAGGCGACGGGCGCGAAAAAUCGUUAAAUAUUUUGAUAGAAAAGUGCGAAAAUAAUAAAUGCAACACAUUUUAUAUAUACAAAAAAUUGAGUGCUUGUGAAAUUGGCAAAACACACCUCAAUUUCCCCCCGCGUGUGUGAUUUUAAUGAUAUCUGCGGAACGCGAAACACAAAAAUAGCAAAUAUUCAAUCAAAAAGAACAGCGCGCGUGUGUGUGUGUGUGGUUUUAAUUUGGCCAAGACAGGAAGAGAUCAUUUGCCAUUUGCCAAAAGAGAGCAGCAUCAUACGUCGUAUAGGUGUAUAUGUGAAUGUGUGUGUAUAUGUAUGCAUAUACAAGUAAAUGGGAAUGUAAAUAAAAAAGAAAAGUGCAAAGCGAAAGUUUUGAUUGUGUAAAGAAAAUCUUGAGUGCGUUUUGUUUUGUUGUUGUUUUGUUUUGUGUGCCAACUUGCCAACCCCUUUCGCUCCCUUCUUUCCAUUCUGCACCCAUGUACAGCAACAACAAAGACAGCGACAAGCGAAAGAAAGGCAAGCGGAAAAACGGAAAAGCAGAGAGCGACAGAGAAGAGAGAGAGAGAGAGAGCAGAGCAGAGCAAUUGUUUUCAAGUGAAUUGCAAUAAUUUUGUUUGGCUGGCCAGAUGUGUUUAAUAAAUGAUUGUUGUCUAUUAUUAUGGCCUUGUUGAAUAAACUGUUCUUUCCGUCGGUACCAGCAGCAGCAACCGCAGCGGCAGCAGUAGCAGCAACCGCAACACCCACGCAGGCAGCGCAGUUUACAGCGCCUCAAACAACAACAACACCGAUAACAACAACAGCGACAACACUAAAUUAUAGUCAAACAACAACAGUAGCGGAGGCGGCAUCACGUACACAACACGCCUCUGCCACUGCCUCUGGAAAUGCCGGCAAUAAUAGUUCGUCGUCCGCAAAAGCUACGCAAACGUCCAGAAAUUAUCUAAGCCAAUUCCCCUUCGAUGCCAGCCAGGUGCGCGUGUUGCUUUACAGAGAGGACGACAGUCACGGGCGACGUCUGCUCUUUGAUUCCCAUGCCUUGCAGAAGGUGACGCUUAAGGAAUCCAGUGGCGCCACAGGUGGUGGCAAGUUCCUCAAGAAUGAGAAAUACACAUCGCUGCAGAAUGGCAAAAUACAGGCCAAAGCACAUUCCAACAACAACAGCAGCAAUUUUAUUGAAGUCUGCCCCGAAUAUGGCUAUAAGCACAAUCGUCCUUCGGGCGCGGACAUUACGCCGAUUGGUGAGAUGGUCUUUGGCUCGUUGGCCAUGUCCUUUUGUGGCACGGCAUUGAAGGUGCAUUGGCUGCCACAACCGGCGCGGAUUCUCUGCUCCCAGGUGUAUCUAACACCCACGGGCAAUGGCACGGGAGGAGCAGGUGGAGGAGGAGGAGCAGGAACUGGUCAUUCACCUUAUUCCACGCUCUCGAUGAACAGCCUGACGCCGCGUAGUUCCAUCUGCAGUGAGCAUGGAUCCAUGGAUGGCCUCUCGAUGAACUCCUUCUCGAUGCCCUUCAGUGUCAGCGUGGGCAGACAGAUGAGCUUGACGCCGCCAUUGGAUGUGCCCGCGGCUCCAACGCCGGAUCAGCAAUCCCUUUCCAUUGCGGACAGCGGACCACGUUUCUCCUCUACGUACAGCAAUGCCACGGAUUCGGGCUACUCCGCGAGUGCCAGCGGGAGUGGGAGUGGCACUGGCGGCGCCUACUCCAGUGGUGAUCAGUGGUCAUAUCAGUAUUCCACCCGCAGCAGUCUCGGCAGCGUGCUCUCCGAUCAAUCGGAUCGCAUGCGUAAGCUCAGUCUGGACGAUUGGACAUUCUUCGCCAGCUCGCCGCAUCUGGAUGAGUUUGCCAGCGAUGGUUGCCUGCAGCGUCGAAUCUCGCGUAAUCUACGCACCUCCUUUGAGUAUGAGCAUUCCAAGAAUGACUUCAUUGGCUUCCUCAGCGAUAAUGUCCAGCUGAAUCCGGCCGGCAACUCAGCUCAAGUCUCCGGGGGCAGUGAAGGUGGCAACAUGGCGCCACCUCAAUACAGACGUGCCAGCUACUGUGCCAACGAGUCCAGAAGCAAUCCAGAGAUGGGACGUCGUCAGGCGAAUCUCCGGCGUCGUCCGAAACUCGGACUCGCCGUCUGCAUCACCAUGAGCGAAUCCUUCGAGGAGGAAAUGGAACUCUUCUGCAGCGAACACAUUGCCCUCCUCGAGUCCAUGCUGAGCAGACUGAGAGCGAGCACCGAACACGCCUACAUCAACCAUAAGAACUUUCUCCAGAUCAUGUUUCAGGCGUGGCAGGAUGCGCAGCAAUGGUUCAGCGAUCUGUUUACGGCGCCAAGGAUUAAGACUCCGGUCUGGCUGAGCAUCACGACCAGUGGCAGCAAGUACUCCAAGACUGUGGCCGAGAGAUUCAUCAAGGAGCUGUGCGAUCUACUCUCGUUUGCCGACACCAAAGACUCCAAUUUUUUUAUAAGCACCAUGCUGACGGGAAUACUCACCUAUCAUCUGGGCUGGGUGGCCACUGUGUCGGCUUUCAACAGCUCCAACUCUCGAGGAUGCAAUGGAUCCGCCUCCUCGGCGGCCAUUGAGCGACGUGCGAAGCUGUUGCAGGUGUCACAGAAGCAUCCAUACAAUGCACUCUGGGCACAGCUGGGUGAUCUGUAUGGGGCCAUUGGCAUGCCACCGAAAUUGGCCAGAACCAUCAUCUAUGGCGCUGAGAAGAUGUGGGUGGAGAAGCUGCUCAAUGUGCUCACAUAUUUCAUACGUUGCAGCGAGGUGAGAAGAGCCGCCAAACGGGAGGAUUUCAACAAGCAGCUGAUCAAUGAGUUGGUCGUCAGCCAGAGUCAAAGUCAGGAGCGGCACAAGAGUCCGCCCACAAUGCGGAGACGAACAGGAGCAGCAGCUGGCUUGGGAAUGGGAUCGGGAAUAGGUUUAACACGCACCACAACCUGCAAACAGAAUUUAAAUGCCAUUGUGGAUGAUGAUGAUGUGGAGGAAAAGAAACUCUAUAACGAGGAGGAAUUCCAACAGGAGCAGGAGGAUGACGAUGAUACUCAGUUUAUGGGUGUAACCUUAAAGAAGAAUGAGAUACCCACUGUGCUGGCCUUCAGGGAUUCGCACUUUGUGCAGCAGGAGCUGCGUAUUGGCAACUAUCUGAUGGACACGGGCAUCGAGAAGAAGUCGCUGCUGGCCAAGCAGGCUCAGCAAUAUCUACGCACUGGCAAGGACGGAAGGAUACGACUGACUGUGACCACGCCAGAGAAUGUGGAACUGCAUGUGGAGGAGGAAUCGAAUGGCAGUUCAUCCAUUGAUGAUGGCGCCAUUGAAGCGCUGGAAUUCGAUGAGGUCAAGGCGAAUUUGGAAGCGGGACAGCGGAGCAAGAAGAACUUCUUUUGGAACAUUGUGCCCACGCCGGGCGUCAAGGAGGGAUUGAGUCUCAGUGAUCUGGCCAAGUUGCAGCAGGGCGUCAAGAUCAUCAAUCGCAAGCUGGAGCGUCGUUGCAGCAGUUACUCCGUGGAGAGCAAUUCCCCGCCUCUAAUACAGGAACCAUUGAUGCAGGAGCAGCAAAGUCGUGUCUCCCACUUGUCACUCUCGGAUCUGAUUACACAGAAUAGCAUGGGCAAGAGUGGACGCAUGAACUGGGGCAUUGAGCCCAUCAAGGAGAACGUGAGUCUCGAGGAGCAGAUACACUUUGAUCAUUGCAAGAAAGUGAUUGAAAGGGAACACGGCAUAAUCAGACAGACCACAACGGAUAAUGGCAAUGGUGUGGUCUUUGUUUUGGGUGAUAAUGAGCCAUUGAUAAAUCUCAAGAAGAGCAACGAGCAGCUCAACGAGGAGGAGGGAGAGGAGGAGGCGGAGGCGGAGGCGGAGGGAGUGAAGCCCACUUUGCUGUGUGCACUGCAUCAACGUUCCCAUGAUGCCAGCAUCAUGGCCAACAAGAAGCAUUCGGGCAUGAAGUUCAAUUUCGAGCAAUAUCCACAGAUUGCCACCAAUUAUAUGAAGAGCAAGAAUCUCUUGAUGUCCAACUAUGAUCUGUUGAUGGACAAGGCCAGCAAACUGGAGGCCAAUGAGUCCAAUUCCAACUCCAACUCCAACUGUAAUCUCAAGUCUAGUGACAGCAGUGUCACCUUGCAACAACAGCAACAACAACAGGCUGAAUUGGCCGCCAGCAGCAGUUGCAACCUGCAAUCCUCAUCCUCAUCCUCUGCUGUUGUGGGCAGCGAUCGUUGUGUGGUUUGCUGUGGCAGCCACAUCAGCAGCAGUGGCAACACUUAUCAAACGCCCUCGAAUGCCACCGAAUUGGAAUUCGAGACGGAUGAGGUGCAUUGCUACAGUGAGCGAGAGAGAGAGAGAGAGAGAGAGAACUCCCAGUCCAAUUCGAGUGUGCUGCAGUCUGUCAACUCGGCUGCCUCCAUUGAUACACUCAAGUCCAUGCCGGAGGCGUUGACCACGCCCAGUUACACACGCCGACAGCAGCCCAAGCGUCUGCCCUCGCAGCGCAGCUCCGUCUCCUCGGUGGCCGCCAAAUGCGCCGCUGUCCAAGAGACCCAACAGCUGCUGAAGCUGCCCAUCCCUGGCAUCAAGGAACUGCCGCAGGAGGAUGAGCCACCGGGGGAUAAACUGCGUGCCGGUUUCAUUCCAUCGCUGCUGCUGAGCGUCAGCGAUCAUUACGUAUCCGACAUGGUGCUCCAGGGCACCUGUGCUCCUCCCAACAAGUGGGAAAUGAAUCUACGCGAGGAUCUGGCGCUGGCCGCACGUUCCGCCUCGCUCAUCUCACAGCCGGCGGAGAAUAUAGCCAUUGUGGCUGAUAUGGACAAAUGGGAUGUACGUUUAAUCUCAUCACAGCUGCAGCAGUUUCCGUAUGCCGGAGGACAAAGCUCACCGGUGGGCAUGUCUCAAUUGGUGUCGAGUAUGCUGGAAACGGUUCAAGCCAUGCACGUAGGCGGUAUACCCGCCUAUGAGUGUCUGUCUUUUUUGGAGUCAAAGCUGCAAGAGAUCUAUUUGCAAUCGGAAACAUUGGCUGCAUUUCUUUUGGAAACGGAUCCCUGUCGACUGAGCGACAUCACAACUCCAUUGCAGCUGUCGGAGAAUGAUGUGCCACUGUUGCUAUCCAUUGCCUACAUACACACGCCGAAGAUCAGUCGCAAAUGCGGCAUCAGCUUUAGAUGACAGACCAAAUCAUUGCCAAAAGCAUCAUCCUUAAUAUUUAUCAUUACAUUUAUCAUCGUCAAUGCAAAUUAAUUCAUCUCACGCCUCAUCCAAAGCAAAAAACGAAACAAGCAAAUACUCCAGCGAAUUUUCAUUUCACUGAUUUUGUGAUAUAUAUUUUUAUAUGAAUAUAGCGUGUAGUAAAAUCAGGUUACUCUAAGUUAGGGCAUACGGCAGCUUAACAACAAAAAUUUAUAAACAAACACUCAUACACUAAUUUCCAUCCAUCAACAAACACAAACACUUAAUAAUAUUAUUAUUAUGAUUACUAUAAAUUGUUAUAAUUUAGGGAACCCACUUAUCGCAGUCACAUGAAGAAGUAUUGUAAAUUAUUUGAUUUAGAUUUUAGUUGGCAUGAUUGUGGGACACGACUUAGCAGCACUCCAAGUUUCGCUAUCAAUCCGAUUGUACAUGCUCUCCCCUUUAGUGUUUGAUUUAGAUUUAAUAAUUUAUGACAGCAAUAAUCUAAUAAUCGAUUUAAUACUUAUAAAUAAGUUUAAUAUACUACACAAACACACACACCCACACACACACACAUCAUUUAGUAGAAGCUGAAGAGUGCAGCUAAUAAUAAUUGUUAACAUUCGAGAAUUAACUACAAUAAACACACAUAGUAGAUACAUACUUUAUAUGUAUUUAGCAAUAAGUGCAUAGGCAAUGGAUUUGUAUACGUAUUUUUGAAACAAAAGAUAAAAAAAAACCUAAACAAACAACAA